CGUCUUCGCAGGGGGGCGGAGGGGGUUUGUUCCCCUGCAGACCGCGCUCUGCCUGCUCCGCAGCUGGUCUUGUCAGUCCGCCUGCAGCGUUGAUGUUGCGCUUUCCCCCCAGAGAUGGCACUGGAUGUCUUUCGCAUUUUCUUGGGAUCUUAUUUCUCAUCCCCCGGGGCGCCCGGCUCCUGGCCGGUACAGCUGUAAGUCCUUCCCUUUCCACAUCCAUUCACCCUUGCUCUGUUGUGGAUUUGUGCUCGGUGCUUGUGAAGAAGGCAGCUUCUUCUGGGGGGCGAAUUAGAAGUGAACGUGUUCGGCUUUUUGUUUUCUUUCUUUCCUCUUCAUCUGGCGACCCGAAAGCCCACGCGGGUGACGUUAAAUGUAAGGUGAAAUCUUUGACUGCUGGAUCAGCACAAGGGCUUUGCGUCCUGGCAGAAGCUGUCGCUUACCGCUCACGAGCGGUCGGAGCGAUAAAGAUGCGGACUACCUGUUAGAAGAAACCUGCUCUUGCCCAUCCCCGUGCUUCCACGCCACCGUGCCUCUUUCUCUCGAGUGGGGAACAGCUCCGUGCCGGCUGUGGUCUGGGCAGGCGAGACAGACUCUUUCUCACGAUUAUUGGAUGAGUUUCGGAAAUGCUUGAUAGCACUUACCUUUCUCCUCUUCAGGAUUUCAGAUGCAUGCCAGGUUCCCACUGAAUGCCAGAAGUAGAGAUCACUACAGAUGGAGCCCCAAAGUCAACAUGGCAGCGGUGGUUCACUAGUGGUGAUUCAGCAGCCCUCCUUGGACAGCCGGCAACGGUUGGACUAUGAGAGAGAGAGCCAGCCAACAGCUAUCUUGUCACUGGACCAGAUCAAGGCGAUCAGGGGCAGCAAUGAAUACACCGAAGGUCCGUCUGUGGCGAAAAAAUCGGGGCCGCGGACAGCGCCGAGGCAAGAGAAGCAUGAAAGGACUCACGAAAUUAUACCGAUUAAUGUGAAUAAUAAUUACGAACACAGACCCAGCCACGUGGGGCACGUGGCGCAUCAGCAUAACGCCAGGGCUCCCGUCUUGAGCAGGUCAACCAGCACGGGGAGCGCGGCUAGCUCUGGGAGCAACAGCAGUGCUUCCUCGGAGCAAGGGCUGCUGGGGCGGUCACCUCCAUCCAGGCCGGGCUCGGGCCACAGAUCCGAUCGGACAAUCCGGACGCAGCCCAAGCAGUCGUCUCUGGUUGUGGAUGAUCUGAAGGGUCCGCUGAAAGAGGACUUGACGCAGCACAAGUUUAUCUGCGAACAGUGUGGGAAGUGCAAGUGCGGCGAGUGCACGGCCCCGAGGGCUCUCCCUUCUUGCCUGGCCUGCAACCGGCAGUGCUUGUGCUCUGCGGAGAGCAUGGUGGAGUACAGCACCUGCAUGUGUUUGGUCAAAGGGAUCUUCUACCACUGUUCUAACGACGAUGAAGGGGACUCUUACGCGGAUAAUCCCUGCUCUUGUUCCCAGUCACACUGCUGUUCUAGGUACCUGUGCAUGGGAGCGAUGUCCUUGUUUCUGCCUUGCUUGCUCUGCUACCCUCCUGCAAAAGGAUGCCUGAAACUCUGUCGAGGGUGUUACGACCGCAUCAAUCGUCCGGGUUGCCGAUGCAAGAACUCCAACACGGUCUAUUGUAAACUGGACAGCUGCCCCUCCCGGGGUCAGGGCAAGCCCUCAUGAUUUUCGGAGGGAGGUUUACUUCCUCCAACUUCAGUUUUUCAGGUUGUAGCUGAUUUUCUUUCUUUCUCUCUCUCUUUUCCCACCCUCUCCCCUGUUCUGGGGGGGCUGUUCUUUUGCUUUCCUUCCUGUCUCCCCACCUUCAAGUACACAAGUUCUUCCCUUUGCAUCUUUGCUCUCCUCUUCCUGUUGACUUGGCUGAGUGCGGAGCGUUUUACGUUAGUCACUGCUGCUCUCUGGUAAGUGUGGACCUGGUAUCUGCAUCUGCCGCCCACUUCAGCAGGGUCUUUUGAGGUUUUUUUGAGUUUGUAACUGAACCACUCCUGAAAGAGACAGUGAGGGCUCACUGGGCUCUUGAAGCUUCUUGCUCUGUGAAUAUCUUCCCAAAGAUGUUUUUCGUUCUCAGCAAUUUUUUUUUUUUUCCUUAACCCCCCUGGGUACCAAGGAAAAAUAACUUUCCUGAGUGAGCUGGAUUGUGAAAUAACUUUUUGUGCGUGCUCUUUCCGGAGAGGGAUGUAAAAUAAAGGCUUUACCAAAUGAAAGGCCUGACUCUUCUAUAAGCAGCCUGCUUCUUUUUGCCUUCCUACUCCCCCCCCCCUCCCCUUUUUGUCUUAACUGUUGGAACGUUCUCAGUCCUGAGAAUUACCCUGCCUCCUUUUUUUACAUUUUCAAUGUAACUUCAGUUUUUGCUACACUAUGUAGAUCUUCACAUUGGAGACAUUACAGCUGCAACAUACUCAUUUGUUUCUUUUGCUGUCAUAUCUUUGAAGGAUAUUGCUCACUCCAGCCUCCUGCUCCUGUUCUUAUAGCCUAUCAGUAUCGGUUGAUAUUAAAGUUGUUGGUGUUCAUAUAUCCAGCCAGCCUUCAGGUGUCAUUGAGUCACCUAAACAUUCUUGAAUCCUGAAAGUUCCUUGUGAUCCUUUGGUUUAGUGCAUUUAGCUCUGCUCUGUACUUUAUAAUUUUAUUCUGUCCCUGUUUUAUUGCCUUAGCCACAAAUUGUGGUCCUUUUUUGUAUAUUUUAUGUAUAAAACACAAAGUUGAAUCCCAACUAUUUUUAAGACAAAAGUCUGUUAAAACUUUUUUUAUUGUAAAGAAUAUUUAUUAUGUGAAUCUCUAUUAUUUUAUGAUAUUUAUUGCAAAAGACUUUGAAAAUGUACUCAUGUCUGAAUAUAACAAAAUAUCAAUACUUAACGAAAUAAGGAUGACACGAAGAAAGUACAUAUGUUAACUAUAAUGCAGAAAAUAUAUUAAUUAAUGAAAAUGGCUCUUGAGUUCUUUUGUUACAAUGACAGGCUGUGAGCUACAGAUGCAUAUUGCUGGGUUGUUGGGGUUUCUCCUCCUUGCAGUCUGUCAGGUAGCAAAUAACCUCCUAUUGAUACUUCAAAACCACUAGUCUGUGCUCUGGUUUAGUUUACCUAAUUUUAAGUUCGCUAGCUGUAUAUCAAGUAAGUUUUUGCUAUGGGAUAUUUAAUACAACUGAAUGUAUACGUUGUGCUUAACAGUGCCAAGAAGUGUAGGCCCUAUUUAUUUACCAAAGCAUUUGGAAAUACAGUUGUGGAGGAGGAAACCGUAACUUCAAGGGGCUUUUUUUGUUUCCUAAAGAAUACCAAAUUAACAUGUAAACCUAUUUUAAAUUUUCCUAUCUAGAACUUCUUGGCUGGUUAAAUUGUACAUCAACUGAAGUAAUGAAUCUGCCAAGCUCAAAUCUAAAUAAAAAGCAAGCGGCAG